AUGAGUAGCAAUUGGAAUAAUAUUUUAAAAAGAAAUAAAGAAUAUAUCAAAGCUAAGAAUAAAAUAAAGACCCAAGUUGAAAAUAACAGAUUACAACAACUCGGAUUAACGGAAAAUCUACAAACUCUAUUUCAACCCAUAUUAAAAUCUCAAGAGAAUAUUAAAAAGAAAUUAGCUUUAGAAUAUAAACCUCCUAUAGAACCUCAUAAAGAUCACCCCAAACCCAUUGAAUAUGGUGGUAUUAUAAUUAGGACAUUAGAUGAUAUUAAUAGUCUUUUUUCAAACCCUAAAGCAGAUUUACCAAAGAGUAUUACACCAAUCACUGAUGAUGAGGGGUUAUUGUUUAAUGGAUUUAGAAUAAAAUUUAGGGCAAAUUCCCCUUUAUUCAAAAUCGAUACAAAAAACUUAAUAUUUACAUUAACAAAAGGGUUAAUAGAUAUAAUGAAUGUUGAUGAAGCAGAUGAUGAAGAAGAGGUAUCAGAUGAUUAUGCAGAAGAUUAUCCAUCAAUCACACAAGAUAUAAACGAUUUCGAAGAUAUGGUGGCAUCUGGACAAGGUAUAACGUUUUUAUCCGACAACAACGAGGAACUACUUAAUAGAUUAGGAGUAAUAUUAGCAGCAAUGAAGGAUGGACAUCGAUUACACAGACAAUAA